AUGUCCUCCUCCAUCAGAAUUGAAUCUGUCGUGAAGGAGAAGAGCAGGAUGGGGGAGUGCCCUGUCUGGGAAGAAAGGGAGAGCGCACUCGUCUACGUAGACAUCAACUCACAGAAAGUGUGCCGCUGGAGCCCGCUCACCAAGGAGGUGCAGAGCGUGCCUGUGGAUGCCCGCGUGGGCGCGGUGGCGCUGCGGCAGCGCGGGGGCUACGUCAUCGCCCUGGGGACCAGGUUCGCCCUGCUGGACUGGGACACCCAGGCAGUCACCACCGUCCUCGAACUCGAGCAGGACAAACCCAACAACAGGUUCAAUGAUGGGAAAGUGGAUCCAAAGGGGAAUUUUUUUGCUGGAACAAUGGCUGAAGAGACAGCACCGGGGGUCCGCGCGAGGCAGCAGGGCGCUCUCUACACCCUCUUCCCUGACUACUCAGUAAUAAAACAGUUAGACCAGGUGGACAUCUCCAACGGUCUGGAUUGGUCCCUGGACCACAGAACCUUCUUUCAUAUCGACAGCCUGGCAUACGCUGUGCACGCCUUCAGCUACGAUGUGCACACCGGCAAGAUCGACCAGCCCAAACUUCUGUACCAUCUAGAAAAGGAGGAGCAGAUGCCUGAUGGGAUGUGCAUAGAUGCAGAAGGGAAGCUCUGGGUGGCCUGUAUCGAUGGUGGGAGAGUCAUUCGUAUAGACCCAGAGACAGGAAAAAGAAUCCAAACUGUGAGACUGCCUACCCCGAGGAUCACCUCCUGCUGCUUCGGUGGAAGAGACUACUCAGAGAUGUACGUGACGUCUGCAUACGAUGGGCUGGAUGAGACCACCUUAGCCAAGGAGCCUCAUGCAGGAGAGAUUUUCAAGAUAACAGGCUUGGGUGUGAAAGGGAUCCCACAGAACUUCUAUGCUGCUUGAACUCUGAUGCUAAAUGGCAAGAAAUAGUUGCAUCUUGGAGCAAGUCUGACAAGAAGUUCAAUGAACUGUAGAACUUACUUGUGUGAGGAUUUCGAAACCUACAUUUGAGAGUGUGCUUGUUUGGAAUUGAAGAUGUUCCUUCUUCUGUGGGCCUGUGGCUUGAUGCAAUAGGUUAGAGAGGUCAAGUUAAUUUGUGUUACAUCUUGAUAGCUUUUGUGACUUUCCAUAAACCUCUUCAAGCUCAAGCCUGUGUUGAACUUUCUGAUGACCAGCUCCGGAUUUUCAAGUCUGUGUGGUUCCCGAAGCAGAAUCUGACUUCUGGUUUGUCUUUUCAUGUUACAGUGAUGUACCAGCAAUGAAAUGGCAGACUUUAAUAAACACUUUCAGGGUGAUGGCUU